AUGAACAGCAUAUGCAUAGAGAAUGUGUCUACAUUAAAAUAUUUGGGAGUCCAUUUAACUUCUAACCUUACAUGGAAUGAUCACAUUGAUGAAAUAAUUUCGAAAGCAAAUAAAACACUUGGAUUCAUUAGGCGAAAUUUGUAUUUAGCAAAUCAGUCAACCAAAUUAUUAGCUUACACAGCUCUAGUUCGCUCAAAGAUUGAAUACGCUUCCAUAAUAUGGAAUCCAAAUCAGACUUACCUAAUAAACAAGCUGGAAUCUUUACGAAAUAAAGCAGCACGUUUCAUCACUAAAACAUACUCUAGAACAUCCAGCAUCACGGCUAUCAAAGAGUCCCUCCAAUUACCGUCUCUAGAAACACGACGACUGUUAGCACUGCUUUCCCACUUCCACAGAUUGUAUCAUACCCCGUCAUCCUUUACAGCAUCCCAUAUCAAACCCCCACAAAACAUUUUCCCCCGCCUCGACCAUCCCUUCAAAGUGCGUCCCAUGUUUGCGCGUACGAAUCUCCUGCGACAAUCACCGCUCUUUCUUGCUAUUUAUCACUGGAACAAGCUGCCAAAAGAAAUUGCUUCUAUACGUGAUCAUGACUCAUUUGUAAGUAAUUUGAAGCGCAGUUUUACGCAUGUUGGGUAAAAGCAGAAUUUUAUGCCUUUGAUGCAUUGUAAGUGUAUCUACAUGCUUUGUACGGAGGGUUCUUUUUUUUCCAUCAUGUAUGCAAUUCUCUUUCCUUUUUUCUUUUUAUAUUUUCUUGUUGUAUUCGGUGAUCUUUACAUCGGUGUUCUAUAUUGCCUUUCCCCCCCUAAUUGUGUUUGAAAUAUCCCCCCCUAUGUAAUGCUCACAAGGGCCUUUAGGGUAUCUGAAUAAAAAAAAUGAAUCUAAAAGUGCAGGUUCACAUCACCAAAACUGU